AUGGCGACGACGAGUGCGCGAGACGAAUUCCGCCCUGAGCCUGCCAACCUACACGGUUUACCUGCUGCAGCUGAUUCGCCGCGCUCUUGUUGGGCAGAGCUUUGGGAAGAUGCUGGCGAUGCGGCUGGUGAGGCGCGCAGCCAAGCUAGCGACGGCCUGGCUUUGCGCGUUGCCAAUCAGCAGCUAGCGUCUCUGGUCGUGCAAGGCUCUCACGAGCCGGGCGCAGACGAGGACCAGCUGAUCGACCUCACCGCGUCUACCGACCCGUCGACCGACUCCUUCUCCGACUCCUUCUCCGACGCUCUGCACGCCGUGCUGGACUCUGCAGACGGCCUCGACAGCCUCGACAGCCUCGACAGCGCGCAACCCUGCACCGUGUGUGACCUCAACUCGUUCGACAUCCACUGCCUUGGCCACGAAGAUGGAGGCGCCAACAUGCUCGUAGCACCCGGCGCACCCCAGCCCUCGCCCCUCGACCAUGCCCGCCCCCAACAUGCUCCCAGCGACGGCCCUCUCUCGCCCGCUACACCCGCUGCUGCCGCCAUGGAAGAAGGCGCCGCCCCAGCCCAGCCAGCGAGCCCCAAUGCGCCUGCCGCUGCAACACCGCCUGCCCUUCCCGGCUUCACCGCUGGCAAGGGCGCGCUGCCAGCCCCAGACGUGACCCUCGACGACCCCGCAGCAAAUGGCCUGCCCGCCCUGGAUGCGCCCAUUUCGCUCGCCCAACCCUUGGACAUGGGCCUCGCCAUGGAUAUGGACGUGAACAUGAACAUGAACAUGAACAUGAACAUGCCCAUGAACAUGAACAUGAACACGAACAUGAACUCGGACAUGAACUCGAACAUGAACUCCAACAUGAACUCGAACAUGACCUCGAACAUGACCUCGAACAUGACCUCGAACAUGACCUCGAACAUGACCUCGAACAUGACCUCGAACAUGAACACAAACACGAGCACAAACACAAACACAAACACGAGCACAAACACAAACACAAACACGAGCACAAACACAAACACAAACAUGCCCAUGGACACAAACAUGAACAUGAACAUGCCCGUCAACGGCCUCCCCAUGCUACCCGACCUCAUGCCCAUGGACUUUGCCGAGCACGACGUCGCCAGCGAGGAACGCGUCAACGCCUUUGCCCGCCUACGCUUCGACGACGGCUCCUACUACAUGCACACCUACCAGAUCAUCCUGGGCCGCAACCUCGCCCUCGCACGCAGAGACAUGCGCCGCCUCGCCAAGGUUGACCUGCUAAAGGAGCAGGGCCAUGUCGCCGCCGCGAACGAGCUGCUGCACGGCAAGAAGCGCAAGCGUGGCCGCCGCGGUGCCCCCAGCGUCAUCAGUGAGAAGGGCGGCAUCGUCAGCGCACGCAUAGAGUCGAUGCCUCUCGAGUACCAGCAGCGCCGCCACCCUUCGCAGUCAGCCAGCUCCGGCUCCCACCAGAACGGCGAGGCGAUUGAGGAGAAGCCUGCCGAGCGUGCACCGCAGGAUGUCAUCAUGCAGGCCUUCCCCGAACGACCUGAACAGUUCGAUGGCCACAUCCCCGAGGACCCAACUGACUGCCCCCUUGUCCCUAUACACCCCGAGCACAUCACCGCUAAGACCGGCAACCAGGGGCCCAAGGGCAUCUCACGUCGUCACGCCAGGAUUUUCUACAAUUUUGAAGAAGGCGCUUUCUGCAUCGAGGUACUCGGUAACAACGGAUUGCACCAUGAGGGCCAAUUCUGUCCACAAGGCGCAAUCGUCACCCUUGAGCAUGGCGACAACCUGUCCAUCGGCGCUGUGAACAUGCAAUUCUACCUUCCUGACGUCGCUCUCACUGAACAGCAGCGCCAGCGACAGGAAUCUGGUUCUCGACCCAUGAGCUUCUCUUUUGAGAACGGCCAUGGCGAAAUGGAGAGCGACGAGGAGAUGAGUUCCGAUAGUGAGGGCCAGAUGAGCAUCAACCCUCGUCAGGUCUACUACCACCCCGUUGAUAGCGAGCUGGAGUCUGAAGAUGACGGACACGAUGACGGCGUGGAUGAGUACAAAGAGCCUGCGCCAAAACCAAAGAUCAAACUCAAGCUCAAGGCUCCGCGUCCGCGCGAGCGUUCACCACUUCCAAAGAAGUCGAAGAAGGAGAGGGAGAGGGAGAAGGCUUUGUUGAAGAAGAGAAAGCACAGAGAACGCGAAGAGCGCGACUACAACCCAGACGAGUCGCCCAUCAAGAAGGCCAAGAAGAUCAGGGCCCCGCCAGAGCAGCCAGUCAGAGCAUCGCCUACUAAAGAGCCCAAGGCAACAAAAGAGAUCAAACAAAUCAAGCAAGUCAAGGAGAUCAAAGAAGCCAAGGAGAAGGAAGUCGAGAUACCCAAAGAGGUCAAGGAGCCAAAAGAGGCCAAAGAGCCCAAAGAACUCAAGGACAAGGGCAAAGCUCCUGCAAAGACUCCGUCAAAGACACCCAUACCUGACGAGGGGACUCCUGAUGCAGUCACAAAGGAGACGCCUGUCAAGGACAAGCCUGAGCCAGUCAAGUCGGUCCCUACGGACAGUCCACCUCUCCUGCGUAAGCCCCUCGACGCUGAAAUCGAAGCCGGUGGCGAGAUUGAAGGUCUCAUUACAGAAGAAUUGGCUCGUCAACACAACCUCCCUGCGAGCCUUGUUGGUCACGUAGUGGAGAAACGAAAAGGUCCUGGCCGGCCGCCAAAAGACGGUAUCAUGUCCAAGCGACAACGCUCGCAGCUUAUCAAGCAGGCCAAGGAGAUUGAGAGAGCCAAAGCUGCUGGUAUUGAUCCCGCUGACAUACCCGCCCCAUCUGUCAAGCCCAAGAUCACGAAACGAAAGGAUUCAAAUGCGGGCGACGGGGACGGUGACGACAUCUUGGAAUCGACCGAGAAGGGCGACGGCAUGAUGAUGGGCGACAAGGGAAAGCAGAAGCAGCCAAUCAAACCGCCGCGCACUCCAUCUCCGGAGAUGCGCAUCGAGGACUACAGCGAAGAGCAGCUGCAGCGCCCUUCGGCAAACUAUGUGGUACUCAUUCACGAGGCUAUAUCUUCCUCCUGCAAUGGUCAGAUGAACCUUCAGCAGAUCUACAACUACAUCGAGAAGAAAUACCCUUGGUACAAGUUCAAGACCACUACAAGUGGUUGGCAGUCGAGCGUCAGACACAACCUCGGUCAACACGAUGCUUUUGUCAAGGGAGACAAAGAAGGCAAAGGUUUCAACUGGCGUAUUAAUCCUGAGGUGUCCAUCGAGAAGGAGCGCAGGAAGAGGCAAGUGAGUCCGCCGGUCAAUCAUGCUCAGCGACCACAAUACUACCCGCCACCGAACGGAUACCCUCAAUAUCCUCAUCAACCCGGUUACCCAUAUCACCCAGGCAUGCCUCCACCUGGUAUGCCACCCGCGCCUCCAAGACUUCCGCCAAGCAUGAUGGCUUCCGCCCCUCGUUUACCUCCAAGUAUGGCUCGAGAUGCAAACGUCGCAACACCUGCUACACCACAGGGCGCUCCUCCACCUUCGCCUUAUGCUUCACCUUGGGCUGGUGGUAACACAGCUGGGAGCCCUCCUGCACCAGCCCCUCCUCGCCCUUACCCCCAACCUCCUCAUGGAACACCGCCAAUCAGCUCCGCAGCCGCCGGAUCAAGUGGACAGUAUGGCGUACUCUACCCAACGAGUGCGCCACCAUCACACAACGGACAUUCAUCAGCAAGUCCCUACGGUGGUCCGUACGCUGCUACGGGUGCGAGUCCCUAUGGUGCUGCACCAGGCCGUCCGUAUGCUCCAUACUCUCACCAGAGUUAUUCACAGUCUGGUCAUCCGGGUCCUCCGCCACAAAGUCCGGCGCCACAGCAGUCUCAACCGCCUCCACAGGUUUAUCCGAGUCAAGCGCCUCCGGCCAAUCCCGCGCUUUCGACUAUCGUUCUGACUCCUCAGAUUAUAAGUCGUUAUCCCGCCAACACCAAUCACGAUUUGAUCCGUAACCUGGAAGCAUUCAGAAGGGUAUAUCUCGACAAAAGGACGCAGCCCGGUGAAGACAAGAAAGUCGAUAAUGCAAUCAGAGCUUUCGUAGACACCAGUAUACCUCAAGCAAGCCUCACUGAGUCUGAGCAGCAACUACUGACAGCUAUCACGAACGUUCCCAAUUUGACAGUCUAUCGAGCAAAACCUAUUGUUGCCCAGCAGGACAGUACGGUAACUCAAGAUCCCGUUACUAGCACUGCAGCCGCAGGUACUGCAGCCGCUAUCGCAGCAGGUGGCGCCGCCGGGACAAUGCCAAGCGUGCCUCCGAGCAUACAGACCCAACAGACACCUCAGCAAGUCCCCCAUGCGCCCGCAUCUUCUUCUGCAACAUCUGCGCCGACAGUGAAUGCUCCGGCAACGCCUAUCCCCGCAACAAGCGAGCCACAUAAAUUCAUGCCCAAUAUGACCGCAGCAUCUGCUCCUGCGCCGCCAGGCCCUUCUCCAUCGUUGCCUCCUUCGCAUCGCCCUAGCGUAGAGCCGCUUACGCCCGUACCAGGUUCGCCAGCAGUACAGAACGGGACGCCGCUGAUCAAGCGCUCGAUGACUGAGAACAACGCCGCUGAUCUGGCUGUCAAGGAAGAGGAUACUAAGCUUGAAGACGAUGACGUACCUACCAAGAUAGAGUAG